AUGACAAGGAUUACAUCAAAGCUUAUACGGCAAGCAAGGAAGAUAUCACCAUUGUUACCCCCAUUACUACCAGCAAACAGAACCAUUGAGCGAGCUGUAAUGGAAUUGAAAUGGAUUAAGAAUGAAUUACCUCCCUACGAAUGGGCCAAUGCUGUUCUUCAACGUCAAAAGCUUGUGCCAUUACAAUAUAUUCUUAAAUCCCAGCCUUUUGGAGAAUUGAGUAUCAUAUGUAGAGAAGGGGUAUUAAUUCCACGGUGGGAAACUGAGGAAUGGUGUAUAAAGUUGAUACACGCAUUGAAGCAAAUCCCAAAACAAGAUGAACUUCUGAUAUUGGAUGUAUGUACUGGAACUGGGUGCAUUCCUUUGUUAAUGGCACACGAGUUACGGGAAUAUGCACCACAAAUUCAUGGAUUUGAUGUAUCUGGAAAAGCGUAUGAGCUAGCGAUUGAAAACUUGGAAGCGUAUAAGAAAAAGUAUCCUCACAAUAAGGUUACUCUCAACUAUCACUUGGGCGAUGUCUUUGAUGCAGAAAUCAUCAGCAAGUUAAGUAUUCCAAGAAUAGAUUUGAUCACUUCAAACCCUCCAUACAUUCCAAUGGAAGACUAUGUCCGAUCAGCAAGACAGGAUGGAGUUGAAAAGUCCGUUAGAUUGUAUGAACCCAAACUAGCAUUAGUUGGGGAUGGUGAAUUUUAUUAUGCGUUACUACAAAACAUCGUCAUACAAUCCGCCGCAGAAGGUUUUAUAUUUGAAGUUGGAUAUAAAGAUCAAGCUGAUUUUGUAAACACCGAAGUCCAAAAGAACCUCAACUCAUGGAAAGUCGGAAUCAUGAAAGAUGGUGCUCUGAAAGUAAGGUGUGUUCUUGGCUGGAAGGAAGACGGUAAGUUUGAUAUUUUCAACAAGCUAUGCGAUUAUAUCUAUGACAAGUAA